AUGACCUUGGACAGCUGAUCUACAUCUACCCCUGGCGAACACCGUCGAUGUCCUCCUCCCUCGGGACAGGUUGUGCUAAAACCCAAAGGAAGAAGAAGAAGAAGCGACAGAAGAGAUGGCUCAAGCUCUCCGCCUCCUCUCUCCUCCCACGCCCUCCCCCUCUCUCCCCAAAUUGUCUUCUCUCCCCUUCCCACCCCGCCCCCUUCCCUGCCUCCCCUGUCCCCGCCGCUACGCCCUCCGCGCCGCCGCCUCGUCUCCUCACCCGGAUCUCGACCUCCUCCCCUUCGACGGCGAUGCCGGCGGGCCGGCCACCACCUCCAUCGACGUGGACUCCGUCACCGAAGCGGAGCUCAAGGAGAACGGGUUCCGGAGCACCAGACGGACGAAGCUGGUGUGCACGAUCGGCCCCGCCACCUGCGCCGCGGAGCAGCUGGAGGCCCUCGCCGUUAGCGGGAUGAACGUGGCGCGGGUCAACAUGUGCCACGGCACCCACGACUGGCACCGCGGCGUCAUCCGCCAGGUCCGGCGGCUUAAUGAGGAGAAGGGGUUCGCGGUGGCCGUGAUGAUGGACACCCAGGGCAGCGAGAUUCACAUGGGCGACCUCGGCGGCGCCGCCUCCGCCAAGGCUGAGGAUGGUGAAAUUUGGACAUUUAGUGUGAGAUCUUUCAACUCACCUCUUCCAGAACGGACCAUCAGUGUGAACUAUGAUGGCUUUGCUGAAGAUGUUAGAGUUGGUGAUGAACUUCUUGUGGAUGGAGGAAUGGUCAGAUUUGAGGUGAUUGAGAAGAUAGGGCCAGAUGUAAAGUGUCGUUGCAAUGAUCCUGGGCUGCUGUUGCCACGUGCUAAUCUUACUUUUUGGCGAAAUGAUAGGCUCAUUCGAGAACGGAACGCCAUGCUCCCUACAAUUUCUUCCAAGGAUUGGCUUGAUAUUGAUUUUGGGAUCUCCGAGGGUGUAGAUUUUAUAGCAGUUUCCUUUGUCAAGUCUGCAGAAGUCAUUAGUCACCUCAAAAGCUAUAUAGCUGCACGAUGCCGUGAUAAGGAAAUUAUGGUGAUUGCGAAGAUUGAGAGUGUUGAUUCCUUGAAAAAUCUGGAAGGCAUCAUUCGUGCAUCAGAUGGAGCAAUGGUAGCCAGAGGAGACAUGGGUGCUCAAAUUCCACUGGAAGAAGUGCCUUCAGCUCAGCUAAAAAUUGUCAAGUUGUGCAGGCAGCUAAACAAGCCUGUAAUUGUGGCUUCUCAGCUUCUGGAGUCUAUGAUUGAGUAUCCUACACCAACUAGAGCUGAAGUUGCUGAUGUUUCUGAGGCAGUUAGGCAGAGGGCUGAUGCUCUGAUGCUCUCAGGUGAGUCAGCUAUGGGUCAAUAUCCAGAGAAGGCAUUGGCUGUACUUAGAAGUGUAAGCCUACGCAUUGAAAGGUGGUGGAGAGAGGAGAAGCGCUAUGAGGCAAUGGAGCUUCCAGAUAUUGCAUCUUCUUUCUCUGACAAAAUUUCAGAGGAAAUAUGUAAUUCAGCUGCUAAAAUGGCUAACAACUUGGGAGUGGAUGCACUCUUUGUCUUUACAAGGACAGGUCAUAUGGCCUCACUGCUUUCACGCUGCCGCCCUGAUUGUCCGAUCUUUGCAUUUACAUCCUCAACAUCUAUGAGAAGACGAUUGAAUCUUCAGUGGGGUCUUAUACCCUUUCGACUUAGUUUCUCUGGUGACAUGGAGAGCAAUCUUAACCGCACCUUUUCUUUGCUCAAGGCCAGAGGAAUGAUAAAGUCUGGUGAUCUAGUCAUUGCAUUGUCAGAUAUGUUGCAAUCUGUUCAGGUGAUGAAAGUACCCUAGGAGGAAGUUUGCCUUAGAUUGUAUCCGCUUUAUGAAAAGUUGCCUAAGCUUAUGGCAAGCUUGGUGGAUUUGUUGUCUGCUUUGCUGUAUGUCAUGCUAUUCCUUUCCACUGUGCAGUUGCUGUUACCAUGCCUUUAUCAGUAGCGUCAAGUGCAUAAGGUCAGUUGUGCAGGUUCUGUUUGUGUGUCGUCUGCUUAUGAUCUGGUUACAUUGAUCUGUUGAAAUAUAAUAUCAUGAAGAUCAAGAGCUUUAUUUCA